GUGGGCAGGUUGAACCAGUGGGUUCCUACCAGUAACAUAAUAAUUAUACAGCUACGAUUAACCCGACCGCACACGUUGCGUCGAGCCACGAAAGCUUCAAAUCUCAGGAAUAGCAGCGAUGUCCACGCAUCGACGAGGCCCUCCCAAGGAGGAGGAGGAGGAGGGCCCCGUGCCCCGGGGCCUCCUCAAGGCGGCCAGGACGAGCGGGCAGCUCAACCUGGCGGGACGAGGCCUCGCCCAAGUGCCACUGGCGGUGUGGCGCAUCAACGUGGAUCCGCCUGAGGAGGUAGCGCGAGGGGUGGUGUUCGGAGCGUCCGGCGAGCGCUGGUGGGAGCAGGCCGACCUCACGAAGCUCAUCCUCGCCUCCAACCGCCUGCGGGUCCUCUCCGACGACCUGCAGCUGCUGCCCGCGCUCACCGUGCUUGACGUACAUGACAACCAGCUGACUGAGUUGCCACAAGUGCUGGGAGAACUGGUUAACCUGCAGAAGCUGAAUGUCAGCCACAACAAGCUGCAGACCCUGCCCGAGAGCCUGUGGACAAUCAGCAGUCUUCUGAGCCUGCAUGUGGAGCACAAUGAACUGGAGGGAAUUUCCAAAAACAUAGGAAACCUGGCACGCCUCGAAGAGCUGGACCUCUCCUCCAAUCGGUUGACAGCUCUCCCGGGCACUCUGGGAAAACUGACGCGGGUCACCAAACUGAACGUCGCUGAGAACAAGCUCAGGGAGCUGCCAACCGAGAUUAAAAGCAUGAAGGGUCUGUGUCAGCUGGAAGCCACCCACAACCUGCUUGAGAGUGUUCCAGCAGCGCUGGGUGGCAUGGCUUCCCUGCAGCAGCUCUACCUGAGGCACAACCGGCUGAAGAGCCUACCCGAGCUGCACAAUUGUGCAGCCCUCAAGGAGCUGCACGUGGGGAACAAUCAAAUCAGCGAGCUGGGCCCUGAGCACCUACGUCCGCUGGGUGCCAUCAGCGUGCUGGACCUGAGGGACAACAAGCUGAAGGAGCUGCCGGACGAUGUGACGCUUCUGCACGGUCUGGAGCGCCUCGACCUCACCAACAACGACAUCAGCAGCCUGCCUAACGCACUGGGAAACCUCGGGAAACUGAAAUCCCUCGCUCUAGAGGGAAAUCCAUUGCGGGCCAUUCGCCGAGACAUCAUCAACAGAGGAACACAAGAAAUCCUGAAGUUCCUGCGGAGCAGGAUAGAGGAGCCAACCGGGAGCGAGGACAGCCCUGACACGGUGACGGCCAUGACCCUGCCGAGCCAGGGAGGCAUCAACGCCUUCACCUUGAGCAGCACGCAGAAAGCUCUGCACUACAGUGGGAAGAAGGCUGCUGAGAUUCCCGACGAGGUGUUCGAAGCCAUCCGAGGGAGCAAAGUGACGGCCGUGGACUUCAGCAAGAACCAACUAAGCACCAUCCCUCCCAGGAUCGUGGAGCUGAAGGACAUGGUGACGGACGUGAAUGUCGGGUUCAACAAGAUUUCUGUCCUCUCGCUCGAGCUGUGCAUGCUGGGAAACCUGACUCACCUUGACCUCAGGAACAAUGCCCUCAGCUCUCUCCCGAACGAACUGGAAGCACUAUGCAGACUGCAGAGCAUCAUCAUCUCCUGCAACAGGUUCCGCGAGAUCCCCCCAGUGUUGUAUCGCGUGGGCACGCUGGAGACGCUGUUGGCGAGCGACAACCAGAUCGGCACAGUGGACGCGACGGGACUGAGGUCGCUGGAGCGGCUCGGCACGCUCGACCUGCAGAACAACGACAUCAUGGUCGUCCCGCCGCAGCUGGGCCUCUGCGCGAGCCUCCGGUCCCUGCUGUUGGGAGGAAACCCAUUCCGCUCACCGCGUCCUGCCCUGCUCUCCAAGGGAACAGCCACGCUCCUUGAAUACCUGCGUGACCGUAUCCCUGUGUAAGUGCGGCCCCAGUGCGCACGGCACUCUGCACUUCUGGAGCAGCACUUACCUGUGAACUGGCGCACGUGUACACACUACUGUGCGCACACGGCAUGUAAAGGUGAUGAUUAACCCCUCCAGCCCCCCCCCACCCCAAAACCAAAAAAAUAUUUAAUUGCAUAUCAGGUUUUGUACCUUCAUAACAAAAAUUAUUCAAGUAAAUACCACAAUUGACGCGGUCAUGGACGUGUACAGAGAAGGCUUUGAGAAGGCCCCUCCGGGACCAGCCUCUGCCACAAACAUUUUUAUGAUAAAUUUUCAUAAUUCAGGGUUGUGAUUCACAAAAAAUUCUCGUCUCAAUAUUUCUUUGAUUUGUAAAAUCCAUAGUUUGCCAUGUUGGGAGUUAUUUUAUUAGACAUUUCUUGUUUUGAACUAUGCAGCUACCAGUGGAUCAUCCUUUGGCAGAGCCUGGCCCCAGAAGAUGGUAAUUACUUAGAUCUUGUAUUGUUUGUGUGCCGUUGAUAGUUUGGUAGACGCGGGAUGUGAUCGUGUGAUAUAACAGCAUCAUUUGCAUAUAAUCUGCAUCAAUCAUAUACUGAGUCUUAUGUGCAUGAUUCAAUGACAGUUGAGCGAGUUUCAGAAUAGACUUAAAAUUGAUAAAUCCAUUCAUCCUCAUAUGCCCAGUGCGCAUGCGAAGGGUUGAUGCCUUCUUCCACUUGACCGGAGCAGUGCAUUAUUUCAUGAAGGCCGCGCACAUUCCGAUGUGCAUUUUACAUGAAGUUUAUGGGUAUUACUGCCACUUGCCUGCCUGUCUUUGCCUGUCUGCCCGGCACUGGUGCAAGAAUCAUUGCAGCAGUUCGUUUUGGCACAGAAAUGGCCUUUGCCACGUAUGAACGAUGAGCGGAGCCACAUUGUUAGAGUUAAUACUGUUUGUUAAUUCACUGUGUUCGUUUUCUGCACGUUGCCACACACAGUCACUUUAGUGACUCUCUGAACAAGAGCUGAUUAUUAGAUUUUUUUUUAUAUAUGUAUAAAAUGCCUAAUGAACGUUUACACAAAUUCCACUGUGCGUGAUUUGCAAAAAAAAAAUUAAACUCAA